AUGUGGCCUACGACAAAGGACAACGCUGUCGUUUUUGCGUUGUACGUUUUCCAUAGGAUUUCCCUCGUUUUAUCCAAAAUUUUCCGCCAGAAAAAUAGAAUAGACAACCGUUUCCCUCUCACAUUUCCGGUGUUCAUUUUCCAAAAUCCAGACCUAAACUGUGGCGGAAGACGAAGUGUGGUAUCGAAAUCAUUAGUGACAAUGACCGAACAAACCGUAGCUGAGGCUCCAACCGCCUUGGAAACCCAAAACUCGAACGAGGGCACCAUCGAAUCGAACGUCCAGGGAGGCACUGAGUCCACUUGCAAUAACAUCAGCAACAGCGGAGAAGCUUCGGCUCUGACAUCCGACGGAGAUGGAGAGAAAUCGCUGGAGUUAGUGGCCGAGUUGACUGAUAGAGGAACUAAAGCUCUUAAGGAAAGUGAUUAUGGCGAGGCCGCCGAGUGCUUCAGCCGUGCCCUAGAAAUCAGGGUUUCACACUAUGGUGAACUUGCCUUUGAAUGCUUAAAUGCGUACUACCAAUAUGGACGUGCGCUAUUGUACAAAGCUCAAGAAGAGGCCGAUCCACUGGCUACAGUACCGAAGAAGGAUAGUGAAUCUAAACAAGACUCUGAUAAAGAUGGAUCUGUUAAAAAUUCAAUAAAUGGAGAAUCUUCCACUGCUUCUGUUUCAAGUAAUGUAGAAGAUGGGAAGCUCAAUUCCAAUAAUCAAGGAGCAGCUUAUGAUGCAUCUGGUGGGAAAGAUCAGGAAGAAGAAGAUGAGGAUAGUGAUGAUGAAGACUUGGCAGAAGCAGAUGAAGAUGAGUCUGACCUUGACUUGGCUUGGAAAAUGCUAGAUGUUGCCAGGGCAAUUGCUGAAAGACACUCAGGGGACACAAUGGAUAAAGUGGAUGUGCUAUCAGCAUUGGCAGAAGUUGCUUUGGAAAGAGAGGACAUUGAAACAUCUCUCAGUGACUACCAGAAAGCAUUGUCCAUUCUAGAACGGCUUGUUGAACCAGACAGUAGACACAUAGCAGAACUAAAUUUCCGUAUAUGUUUGUGUUUGGAGAUUGGCUCUAAGCCUCAGGAAGCAAUUCCUUAUUGCCAGAAAGCAAUAUCAAUUUGCAAGUUGAGGCUGCAGCAGCUCGUGAAUGAAGUAAAGAGUUCCUCAGAAUCAACAAAGUCAUUGGCAAUUUCUGAAUUAGAUGAGGGUGUCCAGCAGUCAUCCAAUGGCUUGCAGAAUGAUAAAGCUGUUACAGAUAAAGAAUCAGAGAUUGAAACACUUACUGGCCUGUCUGGGGAGCUGGAAAAGAAGCUUGAAGAUCUUCAACAGCUGGCCCUGAACCCAAAAUCUAUUCUUUCUGAGAUCCUGGGAAUGGCAUCUGCCAAGUUAAGAGGUGGUGAGAAAAGUGCAGCUCCAGCUGUCGUGAAUUCUUCACAGAUGGCUACUGCUAACAGCAGUGGAGGUUUUGACUCUCCAACUGUUUCCACUGCUCACACAAAUGGGAAUGCAGUCACUCAUCUUGGUGUUGUGGGAAGAGGAGUUAAGCGAGUGUUGAUGGGUACAGGCUCAGCAGAAUCAAGCCCAAUGAAGAAAGCCACAUUGGACCCCUUAUCAGCAGACAAAGAAGAUGGCAAUAACCAUUAGUGUUUCCAAAUCUUGAAUUGUCCAUGCUUUGGUAUUUGUAGUCCAAACUGGUAAGUUUUGAGUUCUUUUCUUUUUUUUACCUAUGUUAAUCUAAAUAUUGAUAUCAUGAAUCCUUGUAAGCAGCAUAAUUGUCUGUCUUAGAUUGUUGUUUGGGCAGUAUCCUGUUUUGUGAUGCAGGUUGUAGUAACCAUAUCUGUUACUUAUUUUGCAAUCUGAUUUGGAAAAUGAUAUUUCUGUA